ACGUUAACUCGCAGGAUAUUCCAGUGGGUGUGUAUAUUCCACACAACAAAAAGGGAGGCACUUGGAAUUGUGGGGAUGGAAAAGAGGAGGAGUCAGAGGCUCGAGAUCAAGCCUUUCUUCUUCCAUAGCUUUUGGCUUUUCUCCUCUUUGUCAAGCUCUGAAGCUUUCAAUCCCUUGUUCUUCGUAGAAGGGAGGAAUAAAGUUGGAUCUAGAAGAUGUGUGCUAUCGAGGAUGGUGCUUCUAGCGGUAUCACGGUGAACGAGAGUGCGUUAUCGCUGGAUUCCUUGUCUGGAGGGGAUGAAGGGUCUUCUAGCGUCAGCUCGCUGGCGGAGGAGGAGGAGAUCGUGUCGGGAUUGGAUCAAGCGCGAUCUAUCUCGAGCAAGAAGAGGGUGAAGAUGAUGUGCAGCUAUGGCGGCCGGAUCUUGCCCCGGCCUCACGACAACCAGCUGCGUUACAUGGGUGGAGAGACCCGCAUUCUGGUGGUGAAGAAGGAGAUUGCGUACAAGGAUCUCAUGGCGAAGCUCUCACACCUUGCCGGGAAGAGUUUUCUUCUCAAGUACCAGCUGCCUAAUGAAGAUCUGGACGCGCUCGUGUCGGUCACCUCGGACGAGGACGUCAAGAACAUGAUGGACGAGUUUGACAAGAUGGUGAGUCGAGACCGAUCUUCCGAUGGAGCUGCGGUGAAGCUGAGGGUGUUUUUGUUCGAUCCUCACGGCCCUUCCAAGUCGCCAUUGUUCGAUCCAUCGGCAGUGCUCGAGUACUCGUCCGACGAAUCCGUCAUGGAUCCAAGCUCCACAAGCUCGGGGUCAAAGUUUGCGGCCUCGCCGCCACUCCUCGCGACCAAUUCCUCCUCGUAUCACCACCAUCCACCUCGCAAAUCCAAGAUGGGCGCUGCGCAGCAAUUGCGGGAUCACGAGUUUGGGUCGCUCAAGGCGUACCAGCGCAAGCACCAGGCCCAAGAUCAGCAUCACUCCCCGGUGGAGCCGGAGAACAAUCACAGCGAACGACGAGGAGGUAUGUUCUACAACCAGGAUGUUCCAUCCAGUGGCCAGCUCCACCCCCAUCACUAUCAAUUCGUUGAUGGAUUCACCAGCAGCGAAGCAAGCCGCGGGAUCAAGCCUCCCUGUCACUGCUGCGCUGCGGAGCCAUCAUCUUCUUCGUCAUCGAUGCUCCCCCCGCGACAUCCUGUUGCACAGCGAUCCCUGAGUCCCUACCACCAUCACUCCCCUGUGCGUACAGGCUACUCGAUCAACGAAACCCAAGCCCACUUCUGCGGACCUCGCUACUAUAAUCCUCCAUCUUAUUCUCACCACCACCACCCCCACCACCAUCACCACCUCCACCACCUAUAUAACAAUGCGUGAAAAGAUGGUGUCGGGCAAGGAAGAAACUCUUAAUACAACCUUUAUAUAGAAGGAGGAAGAAAGAGGGCUCUAAAACAAGGAGGGCUCUAGAACAAUAGAUUCUUAAUUUUUCUCAUUUUUCGGGUCUGUAAACGCACAGAGAAGCGGAGAUUACCAAAACAAUUUGUAUAUACGAGAGAAAAAAAACACACUUUUAAUGGAAGAAGCAAAGUCCGAUGUA